AACAACACAGGCAGUGUUUCGGAAUGAGCGCUAAUCGUCUUUCGGAAUUCUAUGACAAGAUCAGGAAUGAUCUGGAUAGAACCGUCCAAUUCUGGAGACAGCAUUCAAAGGACGAGGAGUAUGGGGGAUUUUUCAAUUGUCUAAGUAAAGAAGGGAAGGUGUAUGAUGAUACCAAACAUGUCUGGCUACAAGCAAGACAGGUUUGGAUGUAUGCUCGAUUGUACAAUGAGGUAGAAAGGUUCAAAGAUGAAGAUCUACUACAACAGGCUGUGAAAGGUGCUGACUUUCUCCUAGAAAAUGUAAGAGAUCCGAACACAUACAAAUGCUCCCUGAUUAUCACCCGAGAUGGAAAACCAAUCAAAAUCCAGAGAACUCUCUUCUCUGAAUGUUUCUACCUGAUGGCUAUGUCUGAGGUUGCCAGAGCAACAGGGAUAGAAAAAUAUAAGAAAGAAGCGAUCACAAUGAUGGAGAAGAUAAGAGGUUGGAUUCAGAGUCAUGGGGAGGGUUUGGGGUUUCCCAAGCUAUCUGGUGUAAAGCCCAGGAGUAUGCUGGCUAUUGCAAUGAUGACACUUUGUAUCAUAGAUCAGCUCAGAACAAUGGACCCAAGCCUGAACUAUGAUGAUCUGAAGAAAUGGGCACUAAACGAUGCAUUAAAGCAUGUUCAGAGGAAUGGCACUGUCAUUCUGGAGACCACGACUAAUGAUGGGAAGGAGAUGUGUGGAAGUGCAGGGCGGCUGAUGAUACCAGGUCAUUCCAUUGAAGCUGGGUGGUUCCUCUUAAGUGAAGCCACUCGUUCUGGUGAUGAUGAUCUGAAGAAGGUGGCAAUAACCAGCUUUAUUGUGCGGCCAUUUGAGUAUGGCUGGGACCAGGAACAAGGCGGUCUGUUUUACUUCCUAGAUGUAGAUGGCUGGUGUCCAGUACAGCUGGAGUGGGACAUGAAACUUUGGUGGGCCCACAACGAGGCUCUUAUCGCCUUCCUUAUGGCAUACAAGGAAACUAAGGACCCAACUCACCUGGAAAAAUUUGCUCAAAUAUUUGACUACUGCUACUCACAUUUUGUUGACAAGGAAAAUGGGGAAUGGUUUGGCUACUUAAGAAAAGAUGGUUCUGUUAGUUUGGAUUUCAAAGGUGGACCAUGGAAAGGCUGUUUUCAUGUUCCACGAUGCCUGAUGAUGUGCGAGAAAAUGCUGGAAGAACUCCUUGAAAACAAAAACUGAAAUUCUCUCUUAGUCCCUUUUGAAAAUUAUGUUGUUUGUACACAAGACUUGAUUGAUGAUUAUCAUAUACAGAAGAUGCUGCUAAGUGUUAAAAAAAUGUAUAAAGCACCAAACUACUGUUUAUAAUGUAAUGAUUUAUUGAUGGUGAAUAAUAGGUCCACAUGUUAUGUGACAGGACAUUGCAUAUACAUGCAAUA